AUGGAAGGACACGAUGUUGAUGACCAAGUCGCGAGAGAUGAUGAAGAGAACAACAAUAUACACACAGAGAGAGAGAGACUCACACGUUCACGAUCCACUUGGGGAGGAGGUCUGAGAGCGUCUCCUAAACUAGAUUUGGAGUACACCGAGAAGUCGUCGUAUGUGCCCAUGUGGCUUGCAGGGAGUCUGGGCGACCAUCUGACCUUGGAAGAUGUGGGUUUACCGCAAGUUGAAUCCGACUUCUCGCCUAAGUAUGGAGACAGGGAGCCCACGGUACAGAUGCUGAAUGGGCUCGGGCGUGCCACCGGCCGAUCUGCACAGACGGUGUCAUGUUCCUCCACCAAUGGCUCGGCAGAUUGGAAACACUUGGUGUCUCGCGAUGCAUGACCUGACGCUGACUGCCGUCCUGCAUUGAUUAAAUCGUGGAGAACUCCGGUGGUGUUUAAUCUAUAUGGGCAGACGUUAUCCUUUGCCUUCUCCGUGUCAUUUGUAGGACGGACCCGGUGGACAAUGAAUGUCUCAAA